CAUUUGCGUGACAGUUGUGGUACUUAACGUACAUUUUCGAUCUUCACAAACUCAUAGAAUGUCGCCGUGGGUUAAAAGAGUGUUCAUUCAUAUUCUGCCAAGGUUGCUUGUUAUGAAAAGGCCAAGUUACGUCUUCGAAACUAAUAGUAAAUUUUUAUCCAGUCGCUUCGUAAUGAAAAAAAGACAGCCUUCCACCUGCCUUUAUCCCUAUCACACAACUGUCCACAGGGACGAGAACAGCCCCAAAAGAAGGUAUCCAAGCAGUAAAACUCCGAGCAAAGAAGAUAUAUCUUCUGGUCUCGCCGACGGUGGACCCUUUGGCGGCAGCUGUCAAAUUCACGGACCGAUAGCGACCGCUAUGACCCUAUCCGAAUCGGAGGAACUGACCGAAAGCGGUGCGGAAAACGGCCUAAAAAGUCCUGUGCUCCGGAACCCCGCUUACUCGCACAGUCGGUGUCCUCCGGAGAUACACAAGUCUUGUUUUUGUAUCAGAUUUAUUGCCGAGCAUACGAAAAUGCUGGAGGACUCUACGAAGGUGAAGGAGGACUGGAAAUACGUUGCCAUGGUAUUGGAUCGACUAUUUUUAUGGAUAUUCACUCUAGCCGUUCUUGUGGGAACAGCUGGAAUAAUCCUGCAAGCCCCAACACUGUACGACGACCGAAUGCCGAUCGACAAGGAAUUCUCAGAGUUCGCUACUACGACGGUGGUUAGAUGUCCUCCCCCAGUUUAAAAAGGGCGGUUUCAACUCACAUUCCAUUAUCGUCUCAUCAUAUUCAUUUUCAAUAUCACACACGACGUAUUGUUAUGUAAAUAAAAGAGUAUUUUAUAGAUUGUU